AUGGAAAUGUUUCCAUAAAAUAUUAAGCAAUGAGUAGCAGUCCUACAGGGAAUGGGGCAAACAAUCAGAAUGGCUCUUUAUCUCCAACAUCAGCCACUGUCACCAACUUUGAAACCUGGGAAAAGAAGCGAUUAAAAUAUACUGUUUAUAAAGUUGUAGUAACUGCAGGAGGGAAAACAUGGUUUGUUUUUCGACGAUACAACGAGUUCUCAAAGUUACAAGAAAAUCUGAAGAAGGACUUUCCAGGAUUACAGAUUAAAUUGCCUGGCAAAAAGUUUUUUGGAAAUAACUUCAGUACUGAUCUCAUUAAUAAACGAAGACAAGGCUUAAAUGACUUUAUUCAGAAACUUUUUAGUGACCAACGAUUUAUCAAUAAUCCUGAAGUUAUAGAAUUCCUGAACCUAAGUAGGAAUGUGGAUAACGAUGGUGAGGAUGAUCCAUUGGAUGAGGCACCAGACACUCCAACUACCCCAGAAAAUCCAGUGGUUCUAGAUUAUGAAGAGAAAGAUGAUAAACAAGUGGAUUUAGGUCCUACCGAAAAAAACAACGUAAAGCCUAGUGACUUUGAGUUCUUGAAGGUAAUUGGAAAAGGAAGUUUUGGAAAAGUUUUACUAGCCAAACAUAAAACAGAAGGAAAUGUCUAUGCUGUAAAAGUUUUACAGAAAAACAUCAUUUUGAAGAAAAAUGAAAAAAAUCAUAUUAUGAGUGAAAGAAAUGUCUUGUUAAAAAACCUGGCACACCCCUUCCUUGUAGGACUUCACUACUCCUUCCAAACAACAGACAAACUCUAUUUUGUCUUGGAUUACAUCAAUGGUGGUGAGGUUUUUUUCCACCUUCAAAGAGAACGUUACUUUCAUGAACCCAGGGCUCGAUUUUAUGCAGCAGAAAUAGCAAGUGCCUUAGGUUAUUUACAUUCAAAUGGAAUAGUAUAUAGGGAUCUAAAACCAGAAAACAUUUUAUUGGAUUCUCAGGGACACGUUGUGCUAACAGAUUUUGGUCUCUGUAAAGAAGGCCUGUGUGGAAAGGAUACAACCUCAACAUUCUGUGGAACACCUGAGUAUCUAGCCCCAGAAGUUUUAAGGAAGGAAGCAUAUGACAAGUCUGUAGAUUGGUGGUGUUUAGGAGCUGUGUUGUAUGAAAUGAUGUAUGGGCUGCCUCCCUUCUACAGCCGAGAUACUGCAGAAAUGUAUGACAACAUUCUACAUAAACCAUUAAAACUAAGGACCAACAUAUCUAUCGAAGCCAGAAGUAUUCUUGAAGCAUUGCUACAGAAGAACAAAGACAGGAGACUAGGGUCAAAGAAUGAUGUAGAAGAUGUUAAAAAUCACGAAUUUUUCAAAACUGUAAAUUGGGUAGAACUAGAGGCACGACAAAUUUCUCCACCGUAUAAUCCAAAUGUAAAUGGAGAAUUAGACUUGAAAAAUAUUGAUCCUGAGUUUAUCAAAGAGCCUGUACCUGCCUCUGUGGGUAAAAGUCAAGGGAUGAGUGCUAGUGUUCAGGAUGCAGACAUGGCCUUUCAGGGUUUUUCCUAUGCACCUCCACUGUACCUACAGAGCUGAAGUUGAUGCCUGUCCUGUAGCCUGUCAGUGAUGAGCCCAUACAGGGUCUUUUUUUUUUUUCACUGAAACUGAAAUGAUCCACUUUGUGUCCAAGGUCACAAAUCAGGUGCUAGUGCUGUCUUAAGCAUAUUGAACAAGAUUAUGCAAUACUACACUUAACAUUUGGUAUAGGGUUGGUUUCAAACAUAUUUUAUGUUACUGAGUAACAGUGGAUUAUUUUAGCCAUAUUAAAACUAAAUAUACAUUGUUGUAAUGUAUAACAAGUGCUUGUUUAAAACUUUAAUAGCUCAUUUAUCCUAUUACCACAGAAAAUUUAUUAGAAUUCACUGGAAUCUUAUUAUACCAGAGUCUGUAAUAGCACUAGUAUGCUUCUAGAUAAAUGAGACAUAACCAUAAACGUUUCCUUAGCUUAAAAGGGCUAAGAAAACCAGUAGAGUUAUUAAGAGGUUGUCUGUAUGUAUAAUUUUAGAGUUAAAUGUAUUAAGGAAUAGUAGAUACUAAGGAGAAAAUUAAUGUUGUUUAACUCUUUAUUAUACGUUUUAUGUGUGUACUUACAUAUUGGCAAUGAAAGGAUUAAGAUGUCUUUACUCAGAUUUAACUUGGUAAUGUUUUAUUACACUUGAUAUCUCUUCAAACCAAGUCUGGUUCUGAAUCUAAAAGAAUAUUUAA